AUGUCGGCCGGAAGUGGUCACCAUAGUCUUAUGGGUGGUGCGCCUCACCAAGUCCCUGGACCAAGAACUCAGGGAGCUGCAACUGGUGGCCAACCGCUUUCGGCGACAGCUAACCAAUUUGUGGACAAAAUCGAUCCAUUCAGCAAACGUGGUACUAGCAGAAGAAGGAGGAUCGUUAAUAGCAGCAGAUAUCAUGCCGAAAAUGAACCUGAGUUGGUCCAACUUCCACUGAUUAAAGGUGAGGUCAAUUUCGUUUAUGCCCUAUUUGAGAACAGAAGAAGUUGCCUCGGAGGAAGAGAGAGAGGACGUAAUUGGGCAUAA